CCAACGAUACUAAUUACGUGAGGAGAAAGUGAAAAGAGAGAGAGACUCCUGGGCCAAUCAUGAGUCGAGCAGAGCUGGUAGAAGUGAUCUCAAGCCCCAGCCCCGAUAUUCAAGAACCUAUUCCUGGAGUACUUCCGGCAACCUCAGUAUCCCCAACAUUUGGAGCAAUCCAUUCACUUUCCACGACUGAAACUCCAAACCAUGGAAUUAACGGAACCCCGCCUAGGACCCCUAAAAGCCCUUUUGCCGCACGCAUUAUGACCCCUUUAGCAAGCCCCAUGAAGAAAGCCAUUGAAAGCAUGCAAGGUUGCCUGGAAGAAAUAGGUCAUUUCACUAAGCUUGAUCCUCAAGAAGCAUGGCUUCCCAUCACGGAGUCCAGGAAUGGAAACGCCUAUUAUGCAGCUUUUCACACGCUUAGCUCAGGGAUUGGAGUACAAGCUCUUGUACUCCCUCUUGCUUUUACAGCCCUUGGUUGGACCUGGGGAAUCAUUUGUCUAUCGCUGGCUUUUAUGUGGCAGUUAUACACAUUAUGGUUAUUAAUCCAAUUACACGAGUCUGUAGCGGGGAUGCGAUACAGCCGUUACCUAUGGCUCUCCAUGGCUGUUUUCGGUAACAAGGUAGGGAAGCUUUUGGCUCUAUUUCCGACUAUGUAUCUAUCAGGAGGGACUUGUGUUGCACUAAUAAUGAUUGGAGGCGGAACCAUGAAGAUGUUUUAUCAAACUGUUUGCGAAAGUAGUAGCGGAGCCACCGACCACAUCACCCCGCUGAGCAUGACCGAAUGGUAUCUGGUGUUCACGUUCUCUGCCGUAAUUCUGGCUCAACUUCCUAAUCUAAACUCCAUAGCCGGAGUUUCUUUAAUCGGUGCAGUCACAGCAGUUUCUUACUGUACGAUUAUAUGGGUGGUGUCGGUUGUCAAGGAUCGGCCUGGGAAAGUCUCUUAUGAACCAAUAGUGUUUAAAUCUGAAAUUGGUAGAAUUUGCAGCAUCCUGAACGCCCUUGGGAUCGUUGCAUUUGCCUUCAGGGGCCACAAUCUAGUCCUUGAGAUACAGGGUACGAUGCCAUCCAGUCUCAAGCAACCCUCACGCCUGCCAAUGUGGAAAGGAGUGAAGUUCUCGUACCUCAUCAUUGCCUUGUGUUUGUUUCCUUUGGCAAUUGGCGGCUACUGGGCUUACGGAGACCUGAUACCUUCCAACGGUGGGAUAAUGAGCGCUUUGGACAAAUACCACAGGAAUGACACGUCAAAGGUGAUUCUAGGGGCGACAAGCCUGUUUAUCGUCCUCAACAGCUUAACAUCAUUCCAAAUAUAUGCAAUGCCAGUCUUCGACAACCUUGAAUUCAGGUACACCAGCAACAAUAACAGGCCAUGUCCGUGGUGGUUGAGGGCAGCAUUACGAAUGUUUUUUGGGUGCCUGGCAUUCUUUAUAGCAGUGGCUCUUCCCUUCUUGCCGAGUUUGGCAGGGCUGAUUGGAGGCAUUACACUCCCAGUAACUUUUGCAUAUCCCUGUAUAAUGUGGAUUAUGACCAACAAACCUGUAAAGCAUAGCGCAAUGUGGUACCUUAAUUGGUCACUUGGAAGCUUGGGAAUUGUUUUGAGCAUUCUACUGGUCUUCGGUGCAAUAUGGACAAUAGUGACGCAGGGAAUUGAGGUCCAUUUCUUUAAGCCCCAAUGAUCUUCAAGCAUCGCACAGACGGUCUAUGUAUCACUCAACUAACAAUUUGAAGACCUCAAACCUCAUGUAGAAAUCAUUUAAACACCAAUUUCUCCGCAAUGUAUAGAAUCCAAUCCUCAUUCUCAGAUAGAGGUCAUGCAUCCAAUAUUGCAAAUCAGGAUUCUAUUCCAAGGAUACUGGUUGGUGUAUUCCAUGGACAUCAAAUGCCAAUGUUUAACAAGUAAAUGGUAUCAAACAGCUUCCUACAUGACAAAGCAGUACAACCGCCAAAAUGUGCAACGUCAGUGUUCAUGGGACAAG